AUGGGCCCCGUGUCGCAGAAAAUCCGGCGUAGGUGCCUUGCGUCCGGCGUCGGCAGGCCCUCUACACGCCAGGACGUCCCAGCCGAGGGCCAGACAGCAGCGCAGAGGGCGGCUCGUCUCUUCAAGACGUGCAACGACAUCGUGACGCAGGACACGGACUACGUGCCGCGCAUCCGCGGAUACCUGCGCGACGCCAACCUGCACUGGCCGCAGCAUCCCGAUACACGUGACAUCGAGUCGGUGGACGUGUUUCGCAGCAUACUUGAAAUCAACGAAAAGUGGGGGUGGCCCUGCCUGCUCGAUUUCAGAACCGACUACAUCAGCGAGACAAGGUUCGAGGUUGUCUUUCGUCCAACCGGAGGCAUUGAUGAGUCACAGAGCCAAGUUUUCACUCUUGGCUUUGGGUCUCCAGCGCACCGGUCCUACUUCCAGACGCUGUACGCCCACUACGGUGGCGGCGUCGUGGAUGGCGUCACAUUCGAAGAGAUGCUGAAUUACGAGUACGAGAUCAUGCAGCCGCUGCUAAGAGCGUACUACACACCACCCAGGAGGUACAUGUUUGAAAGGAACCACUCGGAUACGUCAGGAAUCCGGGAGCGAUGGACCAGCGUCAUCGAGGAGUUUUACGAUUUGUCCGGAAACGAGCGUGUAAGUCCACACCCUGCUGCGCCGUCUCUACUCCGUUUGCGGUUGCUGACAAUGUUUGAAGCUGUAGUCCGAGUACACGGAGGUAUACACGUUUCUCUGCUCUUCUACUGCCUGCACUCAAUACAAGAUUCUUCUCAAUGA